AUGGAGGACGGAGACCCCAAGCAAACCCCCGAAGCUUGGACCCUACACGUGGACGGCUCGGCCAACUCAAGGGGUGCCGGCGCGGGACUGGUCCUCGUUGCCCCUGACGGACGUUCGUUCGAGCGUUCCCUCCGCUUCGGGUUUAAAGCCACUAAUAACGAGGCGGAAUACGAGGCGCUCCUAGCCGGACUAGGGCUGGCCCUCGAGAUGCAGGCAGGCGCGAUACACGUCUUCACCGACUCGCAGCUCGUGGCCGAGCAACUCAGCGGCGGAUACGAAGCCCGCAACCCAACCAUGGCGAGAUACCUAGCGCGGGUAAGGGACCUAAUUGCCAAGUUUCAAUACUUUACGUUAUCCAACAUUCCGAGGAAGGAAAACGAACGAGCCGACGCGCUAGCUAAGCUGGCGUCGAAGCCGACCUCCGAGGCGCGGCCGGAGGCUGAGGAGCUCCCUGCUCGCGCCAUUGAAGUGGCGACUACAGCCUCAGGCGGCACACCGACCACGUGGGUGUAG